CAGCACCAUGGAUCCAACAGAGUGAGGAAGUUUGUGACUACAGACUGUGGCUGCAUACUGGUUGUGAAAUGUCAUAAUAAAGGAAGCUGCAUUCAAGGACCUGUUGAGAAGUUGUCUUGGCUUCAUACUAAUUUUAUAACAAAGCAAAGAAUAUAUUUAAUACAGUGCUAUAACGAUCAGAGUCAAUUCUCUUUUCUCUGCAGGUAUAUAUGGGAAAUAUUUAAUAACCAUUUCAGGUUGUUAUUACAAAGAGAGGCUGGUUAUUUUGACAAUGAUCAUGUGGUUCAUCUGUCCACAUUAAUUUACUGAAAUUUAUUUUAUUGUAAGAGUUGGACUGAUCAAGAAUGAAAAUGAUGUCAUUUUUUCAGAGGAUUUGACAGUGGAUUUUUCAGAGGAUUUUGUAGUGUAUGAAUGCUGCUUAUUUAGUAUGCUGCAGUUGAAUUUCCAGAAAUUCAAAUUCUCAAACCCUGUGCAGUUUGCAGCAUUCAUACAGCAGCUUUGUACAAUCUUGAAAAGGUCUUGAAGAAAAAAGUUAUUGAAUUCGCUUAAGGUCUUUGAAAAGUACUGGAUUCCUUUAUUGGGUCUUCAAAAGUCCUUGAAAUUCAAUACCUUGUCUACUCCACACUGUUUUCUGUGAAAUUAGAUUAUCUCGCAGAAGAAAAUUUGGCUCGUCCUUGGUGUAAGAACCUGUAAAACUCACAGAUAAUCUAAUUGUUACAACUUUUUUGUGCAUAAACAAUAUUUUAUUUCUGUUUCCUUAUUUCAAAUGCUAUUUCUGUACCUCAGAUGCAAAUUCAAGUCAUACCCAGUCGUUGCAAAGUGUUGUCAUGGAAAGUGGUAUGGCUGAAGAAGUAAAAAUGGUAAAUGACUCCAUAGUUCAAAAAGGGGACAAAAAAUGCUGA